UCCAAAAUAAAACGGUAGAGUAUUCCUCGCAUUACAACUUUUGAAUGAUUGACAACUAAACCAAACAAGUUCUUCCCCAAAUCCCAAAUUGAUGAUACAAAUCACAAAAUUCCAAAAUCUCAAAUGAAAAAAAAUGGACAAAGACAUAUCAAAUUGGGUAAUGGAAUUCCUCCUUCGAAGCUCCGUACCCGAUUCACUCAUCCAAAAAACCCUAACCGUUCUUCCAGUCUCCGCCGCCGAUUCACGCCUCAAGAAAACCCUCCUCCUCCGCAUUCUCCAAACUCAACACCUCAAAGCCUCCCUCUCCGAAAUGUCUCUCCAUAUCCUUGAACAACUCGAGGAGCUUCACUGCAACGACGCCGUUCCUGUUCCCGAUGCAAUGCGUAGCGCUUAUUGCGCCGUUGCCGUUGAUUCCACCGUUAAAUAUCUCAUCUCAUCUCCUGAAGAUCCUUCCGGCGAGUAUUUUUCCGCUGUUCGUCGGAUAUGGCGUGGCCGUGUGGUGAAAUUGUCGGCGUUGGAACGUCGGAGUGGGAUUUUUUCCGAUGAGUUGAUACAGUGGGCGGAAGAUAUUGAAGCUGCGCUUUGGGAUGUUAGGGUUUCGGAGAGGCUUGUGGGUUUGAACACAAGGAGAGAUGCGAUGAAUGAAGUGAAACGGUAUUUGAAGGAAGCUUGGGGAUUGAUGGGACCUUCGUUUCUCGAUUCGAUGGCGUCCUUUUCUAAGGCAAAAGAUUCGCGCCCUGAAGGUGUUUGUGAAAUUGCUUCGGGUGGUGAAAUGCUGAGGAAGCGUGAUGAUUUGGGAAAGGAGAAAAUGUACUAUGUUGGUGACGGUGAUGAUAAGAAUGAUAAUGAUAAUGUUGUUGAUGAUAGUGACGAUGAUGUGGCUGAGGUGAGUGAAAAUCUUGGCGAUGAGCAAUUGGAAGAGAGAGUUGGUACUUCUGUAGACCCAAAUCAAGAAGUGGGUGGGUGUGAUUCUUUAAAGGGAGAUAAAGAAAUUCGGAAAGGAAAUCUUCAGCCUAAGCGCAAGUACUCUUCACUUCGAACAUGCCACAGGGGAGUUAAAAUCUCUGGUGCUGAGGAAGUGAGGCCAACAAAUUUGUUGUGUAAAUAUGAUAGCUUACCUAGUGCUGAAGUUAAGAAAGUUCGGGAAUCCCUUAAAUCAAGUUCUAUGGAGUUAAAAGCAUUGGUCAAGGAUCCUCUUCCUGAUGCGUUGCAUACAUCUGAACUUGUAAGAUCCAAAUUGGCAACAAAAGAUAUAAAUCUUGGGCCACCCAUUGAAAACCAGAGUCAACGUGUAGAUGUACCAGAUUCAAAUGCAUGUAAGAUUGUUGUACUUUAUCAGCCUAAAGAUGCCAAACUUGAAAAGAAGUCUGUUGCUCAUUGUAGUAAUAGCCAUCGCCCCAACUUAAUGGAACAGGCAAGUUCUGCUCGUGCUUCCGAGUGGAAUGAUUCAAUAGAGAACUUACCGCAUGAAAGUCAACCAAGAAGGAAGAAAAGGAGAUGGACUUCGUUGGAAGAAGAGACACUAAGGGCUGGUGUAAAAAUGUUUGGAGAAGGAAACUGGAGGACAAUCAGAGACUUUUACAGUAACAUAUUUGAAUAUAGAAGUGGAGUUGAUCUGAAGGACAAGUGGCGAAAUAUGCUGCGGUGACACACGGGUUAUUUAAACUUCCACGUGUAUAUAUUCUAGGAAGGUUCUAUCGAAGCAAUGCAAUUUUGUUGAAGCACAAUCCAACUAGUGCAGUUAGCGAGGGCUGAGGAGUGAGGGCCAAUUGGUAAUCCAAGUCCAUGUUAGGACCCACUCAAACCACUUCUCCUUCAUCUCUGCAUGCUUGUUUCAAGGGCCCGUCUUAAGGUUUAUCUUUUUGCGAUUAUGGGAAGCUCGAAAGGGAAAGAAAUCAUAUCAAUUUUGAGAUGUGAAUAGUAGUUCUAAACAUUAUUGCACCAACAAAGCUUUUUAAUGCUGCUUUUGGUCGAUCAUGUAAAUGUUUAAUCUAAUAUUUUCUUUUUGUUUAGCCAUCUAGGGUACAGUAUCAUUCUGAACAUUUGUAUGACUAUAUUUUUAACCGUUUUAUUUGGGCAACACAAUUGGUUAUCUCUUCAAA